CAUCCCCUCCCCUCCCUUCCCCGCCGCCUUCCUUCCGCCUCCUCCUCCCCUCCGCCGCCACCGGGGGCCGGCUCUGGGCUUCCCUCCGGCCCCGUUGCCGUUCGGUGCCGGUUGCCGGUGCCCAUGGGGGGCAAGCAGAGCACGGCGGCCCGCUCCCGGGGCCCUUUCCCCGGGGUGGCGGCGGAUGACAGCGCCGUGCCGCCGCCGGGAGGCGGGGGGGGGCCGCCCCCGUUCGGCCAUUACCGGCCGGGGGGGGGGGGGGGGGGUGGCGGAGGUGCCAUGGGGCUGCGCAGCCGCUCGGUCAGCUCGGUGGCCGGGAUGGGCGGGAUGGAGCCGGCGGGCGGCGGGGCCGGCCCCUUCGGGCUGUACGGCCGGGCUGCGGCGGGGGGGGAGGCCGAGAGACCCCCCCCGGGUGUCGGUGGUGUCGGUGGAGGCGGUGGGGGACCGGGGACCGACUCCACGUACGCCCAUGGCAACGGUUACCAGGAGCCGGGAGGCGGUCGCCAUAGGGACGGGAUGCUCUACCUGGGGGCCCGGGCCUCGCUGGCCGACGCGCUGCCCCUGCACAUCGCCCCGCGCUGGUUCGGAGCGCACAGCGGUUUCAAGUGCCCCAUUUGCUCCAAAUCCGUGGCUUCUGACGAGAUGGAAAUGCACUUUAUCAUGUGUCUGAGCAAACCUCGCCUCUCCUACAACGACGACGUGCUGACCAAGGACGCCGGCGAGUGCGUGAUCUGCCUGGAGGAGCUGCUGCAGGGGGAUACGAUAGCCAGGCUGCCCUGCCUCUGCAUUUAUCACAAAAGCUGUAUAGAUUCAUGGUUUGAAGUGAACAGAUCGUGCCCAGAGCAUCCUUCUGAUUGACCCGCCGGGCGUGCUUGCUGACUUCUCUCUAAGGGCACCUUGCUACACCUGCUGUACCUCCGCUCCCUGUGCCACCACCCGCCCCGCCUGGACUUUUGGGCUGACGCUCAAUUCCUCGAGAAGAUUUAAAAAUUAAAACCCAGAAACUUGAAUCCACUUGGGACAACAAUUAUUAUUAUUUUUAAUUUUAUUUUAUUAUUUUUAUUUGUCUUUUUUUUUUUUAAUUUAAAAGAUUUAAAAAAAAAAAAGAAUAAGAAGCAUCCAGGAGGAGAGACAGUGUGAGAAAAGCGGAGCGCCCCGCGCUCCCCUCCGCAGCCGCUGGCCACGAGGAGGGAUCUGCCACCACGGGAGGCCCCGGGGACGCUCCCCAACGCCCUCGGCCCAAACCCUGCCAUGAUGUUUGGCCUUUUUCUCCCCGAAACGCCCGGAGACGCCGCCGGGGGACAGCCGGCCAAACGGAGCACGCGGCCACCUCUCACCGGCAGCCCCCCCACCUCCCACCCGGACUCGCCUGGCGCCCCGGGGGCUCUGCUCGGUUUUUUUGCACUGACUAAAAGGGGAAUUUUCUCCUCUCUCCCUUUUGGAGAUCUCCACCCCGGCCCCCGGCAGCGCGUGGCGGGGACUCUGCCCCACGCCGGGAGCGGGGCCACCGCUCUCCCCCCGCCGCCGCGGCGCAGGGGGGGGGGGGGGUCGUGUCUUUCAAGUGUUUACAAUGAGAAAAACAAAACAAAAAAAAAAAAAAGGAAAAA